UAUUUUCGCUCGUGCCCGCGAUUUACAGCGUAUGUGCCUUAUUUAGACUAUUUGCGCUGUUUUGGUAGACGUUGUUAUUCCUUGGUUAUGCGCGAGAGUGUGCGUCGUUUAAUAAAAUGUAAGAUAAUCAGCUGGAGGAGCGUCUUCAUUGGGCUGAGUGAUGAUCAGACCUACACAGAUGACAUCUAAACUAAGAGAAAUGUGCAUGCUGUAGGCAGCUUUCAACCUCAGAGGAACUGAUAAACAGUGCUUGCUAAAGGGGCACGUCUCAAUCCGACCAAUCGGUUCCUGGAGAGGAUGCAUAUUACAGCAUAGUCGUGACAUGUAGUCUAUUAACAGAGAGACAGCAACGAGGAAUGUGAUACAGUGGAUGAAUCUGGGACACUAAACAGUCGCCAUGAAGCAUUUUCUAAGGGUGCUGACCCAGUUCCUGGUGUUUCUGUACUGCAAAUGUUUGUGGCGAGGUUUGAAGUUUAUCUUCAGGAAGGUGACGGGACGAUGUGAGCUGCAGCGGAUCUGCUACAACAACAAGCCUGGUGCUCGCCGGACCCUCAAGAUCGAAUCCUCUCUCAAAUGUUCUAAAAGUGAGCUUCUGCAGAAUGCUCUCAGUGUUCACCCAGAUGCUGUUGAGAAGACCAUAGAUGACAUCAUGGCCCUGAAAAAGAUCAACCCAGACACAAAUCCACAGCUGGCCAUCUCUCUGCAAGCGAGCCUCUUCCAGAUUGUGGGCUACAGGAACCUGGUGCUGGAGGUGGAGAAGCUGCGCAGGGAGCCAUACGACUGCGAAAAUCCAGAUCAUGAAGAGAUGCUUAUGAAGCUGUGGAAAACGCUCCGUCCUGAUUCUGCUCUUACUGGACGCAUCUCUAAGCAGUGGUGUGAAAUUGGCUUCCAAGGCAGCGACCCCAAAACUGACUUUAGAGGCAUGGGGUUAUUGGGUUUGCACAACCUACUGUACUUUGCAGAGCACGACAAGGCCGCUGCUCUCCAAGUGCUGCACGACUCUCUGCAGCCCAAACACAGGAACAUUUCCAAAGAGGAAGCCAGUAAGAUGAGCAAAGCUGAGUGGGAGAAGCAGAAAUUCGACAAAGCUAUCGGAUACUCCUUUGCCAUUGUCGGCAUCAACAUCACGGACCUGGCCUACUCCCUGCUGGUGAGCGGAGCUCUGAAGACUCAUCUGUACAAUGUGGCACCUGAGAUGCCCAGCCUGAUGCACUUCCAGCAGACCUUCUGUUAUCUGAUGCAGGAGUUCCACCGGUUCUGGAUCGAGGAGGACCCAUGUGACAUCAUGGAGUUCAACCGAGUGCGCACCAAGUUCCAGAAGCGCGUCCUGAAGCAGCUGAAAAAUCCCGACAUGGCACUGUGUCCUCAUUUCACCGCCUCCGACCUUCACCUGGUCAACCUGUAGCUCCUCACCUCAUCCCUCACCUCUGUCCUCCUACCAUUCUUCACUAUGUCUAAGCUUUCUGUCCUCACUGCCGAUUGGAUGGAGUUGUUUUGGUUUGCACACAUGAACACACACACACACACACACACACACAGACAAGUCAGUAUUUAUGGCCGCGCUGCUCUCUAUAUCAGACAUGUAGUAAGCUCCCAUCACCAGCAUCACUGAAGACCACAGUGAUUGUACACAUGCACAACAUUAUCUCUACUGAAUUUAACACACCCUCAUCCACUUGCAAUUCAGACCUGCGUAAUGCUGCGAAGUCAUAAAUAAAAGUGUUUAAAAUCUGAUUGGAUAAUGUGAACAUAGGCUGCCUAUAAUGCUGAUGGAGCUUCAGCCAAAGGAGUGCAGUGAGGGGAAGUCAGUGAGGGCUUGUUAAAACAGUAUUGGAACACAGCCUGUUGCAGAGACAUUUAUUUCCUUUGCACCGGACACAGCAUUGACACUAGUUUUUUUAAUAUUUGGUUUUAAAGGAAAAAUCCACCCUGAAUGACUUGCAUAUUAAUCUUUAUGAUUAAUGGGAUCUUUCAUGGCAUCCAAGAUUUAUUUUAGGAGGAAAAUUAUGAAUUGGCUUUUUUAGUCUAAACUUCUUCCAUUGACAUGUUGGUCUAUUUUCACUUUGGUUAAUGGUUUCCUACAUUACCCACAAUGCCGUUCGACUGCAUGCUCAUAGUGGUGCAGUGGGAUUUGGUGGGAUUUAGCCCAUGCUUCAUCUCUACCUAAAGAGAGCGACGCAGUAGCGCUUUAGUCCUUUUGUCUAAUUUACUUUGAACAGUAUUAUACAGUAGUUUUAUUUACAGCAGUAGUCGAUCCUAUUAGGGAGUAGUUGUAAAUGUUAACUUAUAACUUAUUCCUACAUUAAAACAAUUUCACUUAGUGCAACUCUAUUAUUUUUUGUAGUUCAUAAACUUGAAUGUAGUGGCCAUUUUCAUUCAAACUAGACUAUAAUAGAGCUUAUGUUUCUCAGCGGCAUCAUGGUCAUCAUCUUGUAGCUUGCUAACUAGAAGAGACGAGUCUCUGCUGUAUCUCAUCGCAACUGUGUUGUGUAGCUGCAUUGCAUCCUGGAACUUUGAGUCCAGUGUUUGCACCAGUGUCUCAGCUACUUCUAUGUUGGGUUUCUCAUUAAUAGGAUCACUGGGAAAUGGUGAGUGAGAAAAGAAGCUCUUGCUCUUUUGGUUUUAGGAUCCAAGAGCAAAAUCUGAACAUUAUCCCUAGUUCAGUUUAUUUCUCCUGUUAAACAUUACCAUGACACUAACUGCCAACCUCUCAAGGGAUUAAAGAAAAUACAGCAACAACCAACAGAUUAGCAGCAGAAUCACUAAACACGUCACAGAUGUGUUGCAGGGUGGACUUUUCCUUCCCAAUCAGAUAUUCAGUGUUGUGUGAGUUACAGAGCUCCCUAUUGACCAGUAGGUGGAGCUUUUACUCCAAGACCAGUGUGACACAGGACAAGGAAUGUGAUGUGAUUUCAGAGAAGGAAAGAAAGCAUGCUUAUUUAGGACAAAUGAAUAGAAGCAGUAGGGCACAUUCAGCCAUUUACAGUGAAAUUAGUGUGAGUUGCUCUUAUAUAUCUCACCAUUUGUGAUUUUCACAUUUUUACAACAAAUAUUAACCAGAGAAGAUUUUGCUGCCAAGAGGUGUCGAUUAAAAACUUGCCAAAAUGGUUAUAGUGAACAUUUUGUGAACAUCAUUGUACACGAUUCAUGAAGCUUUGGUGUUGAUGUAAAGUCAUGGAAUGUUCCAGUUUUUUUUUUUUUCUUUUUCUAGCCACCAAAGCAAUAAGUGACAUUUGGGAGAGUCUCUAUCUAUCUAUCUAUCUAUCUAUCUAUCUAUCUAUCUAUCUAUCAAUCUAAUCAUUUGCCCAGUCGUAGUAUUUACUCUGCUACUGUUGUACACUAAUAAGCAUAAGCAUCUAGUUACUAUUUAUAUAUUCUUUCUAUGCUACUUUAUCGUGAUCAUGCUUCUUUCUCUGUCUGGACCCUAAAGCUAGACAGUCACAGGGUUUGCAUGGUGACUUAGAUUUGCCUAAGAGUUUUUAGUUUCUUUCUUACUUUCUUUUUCUUUCUUUCUUUCUUUUGCACUGCUCUGUCACUCAUAACUAAUCUGAGUUGCUUACAAUGUGAAUGUCUACUUUUUUAGCAGUGUUCAGCCUUUUUAAUUCAGGAGUAAUGCAUUAUGUGGUGUUUUUAAGCUACAGUCAACUGUAUAAGUACUGAACAUCAUUAAAGGUUUAUAAACUGUAAGGAAUUAGAAGCACUUGCUAUACAUAUUGCUUAAGAUGAAUUAGAUUUGAUCCUGAUAAUGAAAGGUCAUCUGUGUGCAUGGCUGAAUAUUCAUGUCUCUGUCUUUCUCUCUCAUUGGUUUAUUGGAUCAGAGGAAGCUCAUUAGUGGCCAAAAGCUUAUGUCAUGAGAUUAACUUGUGCAGUGUGAAGGGUGCUUUUAAAAACCAUUAUCAAAGCUAUAUAUAUGUGUAAUAAAAAAUGAUAUGGAAGGA